GAUGGACCUGAUGGAGCGCAAGGGGGCGCUGAGCCUGCGCUCAGGCUGCACGCGGUACAGCAACACCACCCUCCUGCUGCCCAGCAUAUACAAUACUACUUCCUCUGAACAAACCCUGUUAAUAGCAAGCUCCCACCUUUAACAAGCGUAAGCAACAGGCAGUGACUUUUUGCACCAUUGACUCGAGUGACCAUAAUAAUUUUAGGGAAAUCCAGGAUGAGCCUUCAAGACAGAGAGGCUGAACCUAAGGAUUAUAAUAUAAACCAAGUUCCUUUGGGUUCAAAGAAUUUAUGUCGAUCUACUUACUGGAGACUUGGAAAUAUGGAUGAAGUGUGGGUCACUACAUAUCAGGAUCAUUUGUCUCAACCCUUUACAAAUAAAGAAUAUAAGGAAAUGAAGAUUUGUAAAUCCAUGCUAAAUGAAGAUAACUUUGAAGACAGUGUUAUUGACAGGGAAACUGGACUACCCCAAACAGUCAUGGGAGCCGUAUUACCAAGACACUCUCCAGACCACUUUAAAAUGGAUCUAGAUACAACAUACCGUAUAGAAUACGUUCCUCCAUAUGACUAUACACCAUAUGUUGGAGUCCAACCAGAUGGUUAUUCUGUAGUUCAUAGAAAAUGUCAUUCUCAGUUUACUGACACAGCAGAUUACGGAAGACAUGGCAUCAACACUUGGCAAAAUGAGAGUGGGAUUUAUGCCAAUGCAGCUAUAAAGCAGAAGUUCUUCCCAGUAACUAAUCCUAUACCUUCAAAUGUACUUGAUUCCUAACAAACCCAAGUAACUGAAUCUGAAAAAGAAAUUCUGCAUUUCACACAUUGACUAUAUUUACCAAAUUAUAUAUAUAUAUAUUUGAAAUACUUGCUUUUGUUUGCUUUACAGGAGUGACCCAUCUACAGUAAGGAAAUAUAUGGCAUAAGUUUGUAUGAAUCAUUUGUAUAUAUUGAGUAUUUUUAUGAUUAAUAAUUUUAUGGUACGUUUCUAGAUGUAUACACUGGAGAUCAAAGGUUUAGCUGAAACCCUUUUUUUCCAAUAUGAAAAAUGACGAUCACUUAGAUUAAGACUACAGACAAUGGCACUGCUGCCCACAAAAUUCACAUUAACUGACAGGCAGUUUUCAGUAAUGGACAAAAAGCCAGCAAUCCCUCUAACUUCCACAUUUUUUUCUCUUUGUUAUUGCCACCUUGCUUCUACAGACUUGACCUGAACUGGAUAUAAGACUUAAAGGGACCUUUCUAGGUCAUCAUCAUAUCCAGUCUUUGCUUAUUGUAGGCAACUAUCUCAUAUAGUCUUGUUAAUAAACUUUUUGAGCUUCAUGUUAAAAUUAGGCAGGUUUGCCCUCACCUGGAAAGUUAUUCUAGAAUCUCACUCUUCUGAUUAGAACCUCUUCUAAUUUCUAGCUUAAAUUUAUGCAGAUACCAUGUCUCUCUUUGUCAUGUUAUGGCAUGUCUCUAAAAAGCUCACAUUUAAUAGUCUCACAUUAGAAGUUGAUAAAGUAAAAAAAAAACUUCUAACAAGAAAUGAGAGGAAAAAACAGUAAGGGUGAACUUUUUUUGAUAUUCACCUUUACUCUUCAUCACAGCUGCCUCCUAUGGAAUUUGCAUCAUCUACAUUGUUGUCCAUCACAGCACAACCCUUAUUAUCAUCCAGAUUGUUACAAAAUGCAGCAUUUUUAAAAACUUUUUACUAUAAAGUUCACCAGGCACUUUCAUGCAGCCUUGAUCCACUCACAUACCCUAUUCCUGGGUGUUUCAUCUUCUUGGUUUGGGUCAAAGCAUGGUUAUUACUCACCAUCCAUUUGGCAUAUAGAUGUUUCAUAUUUGCUAUGAAAGGACAAUUUAUGUUGACAUAUAGGGGUUAAAGCAUAAAUGUCAUGCCUCUUUGUAUUGUGACUUGGCAUGUGUUUUCAUUAUUCAGGCAUUGCUUUACCCUUUUUCUUGAGCCCUAAAGUUCUUUUUAGGGAUGGUUUUCCUUUUAAGAAUCACAUGGACUGGCAACUUCAUUCUGUCAACAAGUAUGGCUAGCAUAACAGUGCAGUGCUUCUUUUCAUACACAUCUGUUCUUAUGCAGACAGCUUUUGCUCAACUCUCAUUUACUGUGGCGUCAGAUGGCAUUUCAAGAUAUGCCAGCAUCUGAUCUGUAUUCCCUGUUUGUGACAGUGGGCGCAUCCGCACGAGACAUUUACAGCACAGUUGAUUAACUCUACAGUAAAUCUUUCAGUAUCUACAUGUGCACCCCUAUUAGGUCUCAUGAUACUAAUAUACUCUGCUGCGGAGUUUUUUCAUGCACAGCAGUGUAUGUGUAGACAGUGACCCAGCUGCCUGGAGCAUGAGGGUGUGCUUCAGUGCAGGGGCUGCCUGCUGGCUAGCCUGACACUGAAGCACCCUUGCGCCCUAGCCAGCCCCUCCACAGCACAUUCAGCCCAGUUUGAGCAGCCACAGGCUGGCUCCCUGAAACUCUGCUAGCUGGGGCUGCUGCAACCUGGUUCAGUGUGCUGCGGUUUGGGCACAUGUGUAAACCAUCUGCCCGGGAGCUUCCCAGGAGCAAUACACUGUGGAGUAAUAAGCUCUGCAGUUUAUUGCUGUGUGUUAAUGGCACAUAGACAUGCCCCAUAAGUACAAAAGCUGCAACCCUGCAGGCUGAUCACAUAUUAUUGAAAACUUGUCAAUUUUUUCUCAUAUGCCUCAGGCACUGCAAAACCAUUGUUCACCUUAUUGAAAGCCCAUGUCUUCUAUAAAAUCUCUGUAUCCACCCUCUGCUUGCCCUGAAUUGAAGACCUAAUCCUAGUUCUCUAGUGAUUUCUGUGUUUUUUAUCUGGGACUUUUUUGUUGACACUGCAUAUACAACCUGCUUUCUCUCUCUCACACAUACCACAAGUUAUUCUUCAAGUUCCAGGUAUUUUGCCCCUGGGUCACAAAAUGCUUAUCUAUCAGUACUGCUAGUUUCUCCUUCCCCUAGUCUCUUGUACAUACUUCACUGAUGCUGCACUUUCAGCAGCAUUGGUUUCAAGUUCUCCUACUUUUGGUAUUUUUAAUUUUUUCACUGACAGUGAAAGAAUGUAACUGCCUUGUCCCUCUUGUGUUUGUAGGUUUAACAAUGUAGCUGCUCUUUCACCUGCCUCUAAUAUAGCUAGCAAUGAAACACUGAAAGCUGCAAGGGGAUGGGAGAGCAAUCCCCCCAGCUGCUGCUGGUCACACAUCAGAGACCAGCUGGAGAGUAUCAGUUGAAGUGAAAUAGAGGAGGGCAGGGGAUGAGAAUCAGAUUAACAAGCCUCUUGGUUGCUCUGGACAGAGUGGGAGGGCGGAGAAGAGAAAGUAGAAUAUUCUGUGACUGUUGGGAGGGCUGGGGCCAGAGAGGGGAGCUGAGGCUUACCUUCCCUGACCAGGAUACCCUGCAGUCUUGAUGCCAGUUGCUGUAAGUGGGCUGUCACUCCAGUCAGAAGAUAGGCUCCCGGGACACUAGCUGUAGUAGCCCUGUGGUAUGGACUCCUUGGGGUCCCAGUAUAGUGCCCCUCUGAAUUGGCACCCAGGGCUAGUGGUCCAUUUGCCACCCUUUGUCUUGGCAAGCAACUAAAUGCCAUUACCAUAUUUCCUCAUGUAUGUAUGCAUCCCAAUUUUAGCAGCUGAUUUUUGGAAAAAAGUUGUGUGUUCUAUGUGAGAAAGUAUGGUAGGUGCCCAGAAUUGUACCAGAGUUCUGGAUGUGGUCUUACCACAACCUUACACAAUGGUAUUUAUACUUUCUGAUCUUUGCAGAUACACCUCAUCUAAUACAUCCUAGGAUUUCAUUUUCUUUUUUCAUUAUUGUAUUCUAUUGGUGGCUCAGAGCCUGUCUUUGACUAAUGUAUUCAGGUCUUUUGCCUCCCCUAUUAUUUCUAAGUGAUACACCCUCAAAUUAUAGCAGAGAUUCUUGUAAAUGGAUGCCUGUUUUUUUGUUAUUAAAUUAAAUCACAAUUCUGCCCGA